AUAACAUCGUUCAGGGACCUCUUCUAAAAGAAUGUAAAUUUCCAUCAACUUGAUUUGAAAAGCAAAACAGUUCAUCCGUAAAAGUAACCUGGGAUUUCAGAACUUCCUUUCAUACAAUGACAUUCUGAAGUAAACAUCUAACAUAAAAAUAGCUUUUAUCCACUUGAUCUUCAUUAAGAAAUGAGAUUGCAAUUUUCUAACACCGGGUCACAAGGGCUCAGAAGAUCUCGCGCAAAGAUUCACUUGCUCACCUAUGCCUUAAAAUGACAAAACCAUUUACUCCCAGAACCCCUCCCUCUCUCUAUCUCUGUCACGCAAAUGCAACUUUAGGAACCAUUACAUAACGACUAUUUCGUGUACUCAGUCUUUUCCGAGAUCCCGGUUCGCUCCGGCCGUAUUUACGGCGCACCAGGAUAACCCGUCACAUGACCAACUGCAAUUCCCAUCAAUCCCUUUGACGCAUGCGCAGAACGCGUUGUCUGGCUGUGGUAAACAGACGUCAGAAGGGAGUCUUCGCCUCGAGUCAAAACAAAACAAGAAAGCUCUUCAAUAGACGUUCGCCUGUCUCUGUUAACAACCAAAGGGAAACGAUUUCGUAUUAAAUCUAUCGGGCUAUUAAAGAAAGGCUUGUUUCUUCGACUUUCACCGGAGGCGUUUUAACUCAUAAAAACUGAGUUGGCUAACUAGGUGGCCAUCUAGUUACUCUCUCCGUAGUAAAACUACGCUUCGAGUUUUGUCCCGGAGGCCGACGAGCUGGCGGCUAAAUUCAGGAAGUAGAAAAGCUACAACUUUUUGUCUGUUCGAGGAAUAAGGUGAACGUCGACUGUGUUUGGAUUUUGGAUAACUUCUACCGGACGGACACGUUCGGCUUAGCUGUGCCCGCGUGAGCAUCGUGUGUAGCUGCGUCUCGAGAAACAUGGCAGAUGGUGACACGCGCCAGCACACAGCGUGGAGGACCUUGCAAACUUGAACGAGAAUAACACAGUUUUUUCGUAUUUUUAAAGCCCUAAAACAACCCAUUACGAACGAGCACUAUUGUAAGACAUUGAUUUUGGUAUUUUUUCAUGUAGAAUUUUGAGCAUUAUGACAUUUUAGGUUAAAGAGCGUUUUUUCGCCGGCUUUUCAAAUCAUUUAUUUUUUGUUCAUCAAACUCAAAGGAUUUGUGUCGGGGACACUUGAGAUGCACUUAGUCCGUUUUACGCCUCACGUUUUUUAUGUUUGUAACUCGAUGAAUCCUGAUUAACUCAAUAAUAUUUUGACAGGAGGUCGGUUGACUUUGACAGGCAGCUUUCCCGUUCACUUGAAUAAGUUACUCUUAAAUGGGCAGUAUUAUUAAAUUGUGUGGUAGUUACGCUAGAAACAUACUUAGUUUACACGUUUGAAUAUUGGACUGUGUGAUGCUCUCAUAUUAAAUUGGUUCAUCGCUAUUUGUGGAAAGAAGCACGUUUGUGUAAUCUAGUUUUUGUACGUCUAAUUGCGAAAUCCAAUCAAGCAUCGCUGCUAGAAUGGGAUGUGGUUAUUUUUAACAAUUACGCCGUAUGCUCCUAUUGGUUUUGCAAUUCUACUUAUUUAACCGCAUGUGAAAAUGGUUGGAUUUGGCGUAUUUUUGUCUCUUUAAACGUUUUUAUCUAAAGCAAAGCUUGUCAAACGGUUUUUAUUUAUCACACCGUCACUCCAUUAUCUCAUGUGUUUAUUUCAAUACGCACUGCUACCAAUCCAGCUGUUUUGGUGUAGUGAUAGUGUUGUGAAGUUCCUUUGUUCUUUCUACGUAAACAAAGAAACCCCCCCAUCCUCGUUUGGCCUGUGUAGAUCAUAAGCUUUAUGUUAGUUACUAUUAAGGAGAUUAUUAAACCCCUUUAAUCUCUCAUUUGAGGAUUAACCGACUCUAUUGGUGUGUUGAUAUUAUUGUGAAUUUGCUCCAUUACCUUUUGACUAAUGCGGUUAGAUUUGGUAUCUAUAAUAAACUUGUGGUGAGAUAUAAUACCUCAAUCGUCUGAGAAAAAAAAAACAAGUUACUCCACAGAACACUUUUGUUUGAAGUCUUCUUCAGAAAUUGUCUGGAUUACAUCACAUUAUGGAGGAAGAAAACGUACCCCCGAUUGACCCAGAUUUUGAGCCGCAGAGCCGACCGAGGUCAUGUACAUGGCCGUUGCCUAGACCCGACAUUUCAGCUGUCAAAACGGGCGGGACGGACGGCUCAGAAUCUGCUGCUGGGACUCCGCCCACCGAGGAAGAUAAACACGACCCUCAGCCAACCACAUCUGAGCCUGAUAAAGUUGCGGUGACGGAGGGAGGAGUCCUCACCGGAGUGGGCGGGGCUACGCCUCGAAAAGGCACUUCCCGACGUAAUGCCUGGGGUAACCAGUCGUACGCAGAGCUGAUCAGCCAGGCCAUCGAAAACUCGCCAGAGAAACGACUUACUCUGGCUCAGAUUUACGACUGGAUGGUGAAAACGGUGCCGUAUUUUAAGGAUAAGGGAGACAGUAACAGUUCUGCUGGAUGGAAGAACUCCAUUCGCCACAACUUGUCGCUUCACAACAAAUUCCUUCGAGUGCACAAUGAGUCGACAGGGAAAAGUUCCUGGUGGAUGCUUAACCCAGAGGGGGGUAAGACAGGCAAGGCCCCUCGCCGCCGUGCCGCCUCGAUGGACAACAGCAGUAAACUGCUUAAAAGUCGCAUGCGGGCUAAACAAACUAAAAAGCAGGCUGGAGCAUCUGGGAUCGGAGGCUCCGCUGUUGCGAUGCAGGGUGAGGGCGUUUCUGGCACCAGUGGUGCAGACAGUCCUGGAUCUCAGAGCCAGUUUGGAAAGUGGGGGGUGAACAGCAGCAGCCCCUCCUCUCGUGGCAGCCUGGAUGACCCUGACAUGUGGACGAGUUUCAGGCCACGCACAAGCUCUAAUGCCAGCACUCUUAGUGGCAGGCUUUCUCCUAUCGCCACAGGGCAGGAGGACGAAGAGGAAUUACCCGAGGACGCUCUCCUGGCGGGUUAUUCUACAGGUAAUCUUCCUCCAACACUAACCGAGACCCUCAUGGAAGAACUGGACUUGAUCGACGGGCUUACUUUGAUGACGGGUCCGCAAGGGGGUGCGAGCCCAAGCACAGCCCCUCCUGCUCCUCCUCAGCCGCUGCCUUCUGCAUCCACUCUGCUGCCUCGAGGGUCCAGCUUUCCUUCAUUUAGACGGCUGGCAUCUUCGAAGGCAUCACCGGGAUCUACUCCGCCAGGGAGUAACACAAGUGGCAGAUCCAGCACGAGCCCUUCGAACUUCGGAAACUCGCUCUUCAGCCCUCUGUCAGGUCCUGGAUCCCAUGGUGGUUUCAGUCCUCAUGUGCCAUCCAGCCUCGAGGCUCUUCUUACCUCUGAUUCACCCCCACCCAGCGAAGUCAUGAUGACCCAAAUGGAUCCUCUCAUGCCAAGUCAAGGAGGCCUUUUAGGCCUCGGGGGAUCUCUUUCAAGCAAUCAGACCAAGCCAAGUCAAAUGAUGUUGAGUAAGAGCAUUGACACAAGCGCUGUGGGGCAAAUGUCCCUCCAGAAUCAACCCCAACUUCAGCACUCGCAGAUGAGCUUCGCAAUGAUGCAUUCAGGCAUGAACCAUGAGCCGCCUCAGCUCUCAACCGUAAAGACCCAGCAUCACGUGCCAGGGCUUCUGCAGCACGGAGCAGUCCCGUCACCUGGUGGGAACGGUGGUAUGCAAGGUUUGUGCCAAUUUUCGACACCGCCCUGUUUUAUCCCUCUCCAGGAUCGACUACCUACAGACUUGGAUAUUGAGAUGUUCACCGAAAACCUGGACUGUAACGUGGAAGACAUUAUCAACAGUGAUCUGAUGGAUGGAGAUUUGGUCGACUUUAACUUUGACCCCAUCAUAAUGGGUGGACAGGGUUAUACCGGGCCAGCAACCACACAAAGUUCCUCCCACAACUGGGUACCCAGCUAAUUCUGAUAUGAAACAUAAAAACAGUCACAGGACAGUCCCUCAUUCAGGAAUACAAAAAUGGACAGUCUCAGUUUUUGCCUCUGCAUAUGCCACUGUACCUCAAACACACACACUGUUUUGGCUAACUUGGCCAAAAAGUCUCAUGUCAGAUUUUUUCAAACCAGUUGACGAAAGAACCUCGUACAUUUUAAGUGCCAACGUCAACUUGAAGAAUGUGCUGUUGGACAGACCAAACAUGGUCUUGAAACCUAUUUUUUUCUUUUGAGUUUUGUGUGCAACAUCUUUUUUGAAAGUUGCAGUUUUUUGGGAGUUGUCUAGGCCAAUUGUGAGACAACCAAGACUAAACAAGCACAAUUAAUAAACAACUAAUUGGGUUUAUUACAGUAAUGCAAAUGAUGAGUGACACCAGAGUAGAGUGAGACGGAUGGUACUCAUGUUCUUUGUUCUUAAAAAUGAAACUCAUUCAGCCAGGAGGAUCAAACUCUGUAGAUCUUUCGGCGUCAAAUCUCGUUUAUUGAUCGGCUGCUGAGAGGUUGAACGGUCUUUUUGUUCUGGUAUAACUUGACAGUGACACAGCUGACAUAAUGUGGCUGUUGAUCUCAGACCCACUCCGAGGAACUCAACAUGGCACCACAGGAUUGAUGGGAACAAUAUGAAUCCUCUUCAUAUAUCAGAACCAGAGUGGCAAAGGUCUCACAGAGACAAAGGUCUCACGGAGGAUCAGCCCUGUGUGCUCUGAAAGCACUCUCAGCGGUACGACACACGCACACCUUUUAUGUGAAGGGGCUGAAAGAUUUCGAGGUGGUUUGGGGGAUGCUGGUGUUCCAUUUUAAAUUUUUUAAAAAUGUUUGGGUUUUAUGCUCUCAAGAAGGUGUUUUUUCUCUGUUGUACUAAAGAGUAGAGGCUGAUCAUUGAAUGAUUCGUCUGCUCUUAAGUGUUUUGUUUGUAAUGACAACAUUAUGAAGAAAUCAGAUUUUACAUAGGGCAUUUUGAUGCAUUUAAAUCCUGCCAACAGGUGAAAUAGCAUAGUGUUAUCGUUGGAAAUCGAGUGCCCUUUUGCAUAAUGCAAUCGCUUAGGAUUUUGGUUGUUUGCCCAAGGGGGUCUAUGUAGGUGUGUUUGUGUGCAAACAUGUUUAAUGCUCCCAAAACUUGAUUCCAACACACUAGCACAGAAUUUAAGGUUAUGCUGAAUCGUUUCAUUUAUGGGGAGGAGCAUGUUAUUUUUUGGUGAGGUGAAAAAUCUGCAAGAUUAAGGCUUUAAUAAUGUGUACGUUAUGGUAUAUUGACUGUGUACUAAAGGCAAGGGGCAAAAGUUAUUUUAAUAAUCAGUUUUUCAUAAACAGCACUACUCACCUUUUGUUAUUGGAGAGCAAAAUAUAUAUAUGUACGUAUAUAUAUAUAUAUAUCAAUUUAAAUUGUAAUAUUAUUGGGGAAAGAUACUAAUAAGAAAACAUGCUGUUAAUGUGCUUUUUUACGAAUCUGAGCAAAAGAUAUUACAGAUCAUUUUUAACGGUCAUUUUCUAUGUAAUCUUUUAUUUUUGUAAAAGAUGAGAUGCAUGUAGAUUUUAUACAUAACCAAAGGAACACUAAGAACUGCAUGUCUGAAAAGCGUGAGACCGCAGCAGUACAGAUAAGCUUUACAAAAAUCGCGAAUUAAUUAUAAAUUGAUUGAUUGCAUGAGUGUAUAAUACCAUGCUCUUAAAACAUCGAUUUACGAUCACAGAUUGUGCUAAAAGAAGGAAAAGCAAUGUUUUGCUUGCAUUAAAAGUCCUUAAUUUCAAAGCAAUGAAGCUGAUUUCAUCUCAGAAUGCAAGACUGAUCCAACUGAAAAUGAUUAAUGGAAUGUUUCACUCUCAGGGUUACGAAUAAUAAUUAAAACAACUUCUGUAGAGAAGUAAUAAGAUAUAACAUCAUUGCUCAUGGCCUUUUCUAAAUUAUGAGUCAUUUAUGCAAGCCAACAUCACCAUAGAUUUUUUUAACAUUGCUGAAAUAUAUCUAAUGUUGCAGUUUACUAUGAAAUGUAUCCAAUGUAUGCAUUUGUAAUUCCUACAAACACUUGUAAACUGCCAAUGAACACUAUAGCAUGUCGCUGCAAAGCAGAUCAUACAGUUUUAAUGCCCUUUUUUGUUUAACAUACUUUCUCUGUAGUACAAGGGUUGACGUUGUGUUUUUAAUUUGUUUAGAUAAAUUACACUGUUUUAAACCAGCAUUCUUAAGAUUUUCUUUUUUGUAUAUUGUGUUUUUGUUUGAGAGCUGGAUGUAAUGGUGUGAGUAUUUAGAUGCUAAAGCACUCUCUCCUUACAAGAGGAAUCAUUUUUCUCCUAUUCAUUGGUGCUAGAUAUUAAAUAACAACUGAAGAGGGCCAUAUUGGAUUGGUGCAUAUUGACAUCAGGGCCUUUAAUAAUUUUAUGCAACACAUCUUGAUUUCUAACUGUAGAAUAGUAUGAGAAAUUAACCUAUAUUUUAAUUCCCCAACUCUGUUUUAUAUAUAUUAUAAAGCUGUGAAUGGGGAGGGAGGGAGGGGCUUUGCCAUCUCGCCACAAAUGUUGUAAUAAUGCACCUCACGAAUGAUAUCAGCAUGAUUUGUUAUACCAAUUGAUGAUUCAGGCUAAAUUCAAUCAACCGUUUACAUUAAUGUGCUCAUACCUUUUCUCAUGUUUGUGUUUGUGUAAUGAAGCUUCUUUAAAGUGAUAGUUGAAAACAAAUGGUACAGCUUUCAGAAAACCCAAGCGCGUCAGCUUUGACGUUUUCUUAAUGUAGUUAAUUGGAUACACAGUUUUCAGAAAGAAGAGGAUUUCUAGGGUUGAAAGCUUAUUUCGGAUUUGUUUAAAGAGUUGGCUGUAAUGUUAAAUAAUGUAUUGGCUCCAUCGGGACACCUUCAAGGGAUAGUUCACCCAGAAAUUAAAAUUCUGCAAUCAUUUACACACUUGCUUGUCAUUUCGAACAUGUAUGACUUUAUUCUUGAAGAAUGUUGAUAACCAGACAACUUGCAUUGGUUUUUGUGUCCUUACAAUAGAAUUGAAUGGGUACCGCCACACGUUCUUCAAAAUAUCUUCUUUUGUGUUCUGCAGAAGAGAGAAAGUCAUACAGGUCUGAAAUGAUGAAAGGGCGAGUGAUUAAAGAUUCCUUCUAAAGGGCCACUGCAUGAAAUGCAGGAAAUUCCACACCUUCCCUCUUUUCAAAUCACUCUUUAUUAUUUUCCUUAUUUGAUAUUAGCCUUCCUUUUUCAUUUAUCUUCUUUAGUAUUGAUUUUAGUUCCUUUAAGUUUUCAUUUAGCUAAAUAUCCCAAUUGAUAACACAAAACUGUAGUUAUUGGUCUUGGUUGUUUUUAUCUUUGUUUUGGGUUAUGGCAGUAUGUAAGACUGAAGAGUUGUGCAUAACCAAUAAAAUGUAUAUGUACUUGA